AUGCAUGUUACAAAUUGUGUCUCCUUGGUCAGUGAUAAGGAAAAUGGGAAUGUCGCCACAGCAGCUGGAUUAAUGAUCGGGCAAACACCACCACCAGUGUCUCCUCCACCUCCUCCUCCACCCCCUCCACCUCCACCAUGUCCAUUUUCAGGGGAAGGGUUUCUUUCCUCUCCUCCUCCUCCUCCACCCCCUCCACUACCUGGGGGACCUCCUGUCCCACCUCCCCCUCCAGGACUGCCCCCACCUUCUCACAUGAAUGGAUAUAGUCCCCUUGGGAAAAAGAAGCGGAUGAGAAGCUUUUUUUGGAAAACCAUUCCAGAGGAGCAAGUUCGUGGCAAAACUAACAUCUGGACUUUGGCAGCCAGGCAGCAGCAUCACUAUCAGAUCGAUACAAAGACCAUCGAGGAGCUCUUUGGGCAGCAAGAAGAUACCACUAAGUCUUCCCUUGCUAGGAGAGGAGGAACUCUAAAUUCAUCCUUCAGGGACGCUCGAGAAGAGAUUACUAUCUUGGAUGCAAAACGGAGCAUGAACAUUGGGAUAUUUCUCAAGCAAUUUAAGAGGUCUCCUCAGUCCAUUGUAGAAGAUAUCCAUCAAGGCAAGAGUGAGCACUAUGGAUCAGAAACACUGCGAGAGUUUCUUAAGCUUUUGCCAGAGUCUGAAGAGGUAAAGAAAUUAAAAACAUUUAGUGGAGAUGUGUCCAAGCUGUCACUGGCAGACUCCUUUAUGCACUACUUAAUCCAGGUGCCAAACUAUUCACUUCGGAUUGAAGCCAUGGUCCUAAAGAAGGAUUUUUUACCUUCAUGUUCUUCUUUAUACACAGACAUAACAAUUUUAAGAACUGCUACAAAAGAGUUGAUGUCAUGUGAAGAGCUAUAUUCUAUAUUACACUUGGUGCUCCAGGCUGGGAAUAUCAUGAAUGCAGGAGGGUAUGCUGGCAAUGCUGUGGGAUUUAAACUGUCUUCUUUGCUCAAAUUGGCAGACACAAAGGCAAACAAACCAGGGAUGAAUCUUUUGCACUUUGUGGCACAGGAAGCCCAAAAAAAAGAUGUCAUUCUUCUAAACUUUUCAGAAAAAUUGCAUCACGUUCAGGAGGCUGCUAGAUUAUCUCUCGAUAACACAGAGGCAGAGCUGCACUCACUGUUUGUCAGGACAAAAUCUCUCAAGGAAAACAUCCAACGGGAUGGAGAACUUUGCCAGCAGAUGGAAGAUUUCCUUCAGUUUGCUGUCGAAAAGCUGACAGAACUGGAGCACUGGAAACAAGAGCUUCAGCGUGAGGCCCACACCCUUAUAGAUUUUUUCUGUGAAGACAAAGAAACCAUGAAACUGGAUGAAUGUCUUCAGAUAUUUAGAGACUUCUGCACCAAAUUCAACAAAGCAGUUAAGGACAACCGGGACCGAGAGUUGCAGGAGCUGAGGCAGCUGCAGCGACUGAGGGAACUGGAGCAGAAGCGACGUUCCUGGGCAGCAGGGGAGCUCGGGGGGUUUGGCCGGAGCAGCAGUGAGAAUGACGUGGAGCUGUUGACCAAGAAGGGUGCAGAAGAUUUGCCCCCUUUCCUGCAGCCGAGGUCCAUCAGCCCCUCCUACCGGCCUCCCAACACCCGCCGCUCCCGCCUCUCCUUGGGCACCUCUGCUGACCGGGAGCUGCUGACCUUCCUGGAGAGCUCCACUGGUAGCCCAGAGGAUCCUACCAAAUCUAACAGCUUGCCCCGGAGCAGCACCCGGCAGGCCCAGCCCACAGUAGCCUGGAUGGAGCCUGGAGACCUCAAUUCCAACCUUGCACACAGACCUCAGACCUUGGGGGGCCAAGAGGAGGCCUCCAGACCACCCUCAGUUUGGCAGAGCCAGCUUCCAGCCCCAUUGCCUGAGGACCUUGGCUCUGCCUUCCCCCGAGCACGGCGAGGUGGAGUCAGCAUCCUGCGGAAGAGGAACAGUGAGCCAGUGGGCCUGGGUCCAAGCCGGUCUCCGCCACUCUCACCGCUGGCUCUAGGGAUUAAGGAACAUGAGCUGGUAACAGGGCUGGCCCAGUUCAACCUCCAGGGCUGCAAAGGCCUGGAGGAGAUGCCCCAACUGGCUGUGAAUAAUGUCAGCCCUGUGGAACUAACCUCUUUGCAGGAUGGGAGCCUGCAGUCCCUUGGUAGUGGCAACUGCAGCCUGACCCCUGGUGACAGAGGUUCCUGGGAGGGUCUUGGUCCAGCCCUGGAAGAUGGCAGGGCUGCCGCUGACCAACCCGGCAGUGUGGCUGUGGUGUCUGUGGGUAACAAUGACCCUGAGAACAAAGAUCCGGGGCCUCUGUUCUACAUCUCGGACACCACUGACUGCUCUCUGACUCUGGACUGCUCAGAGGGGACUGAUUCCAGGCCUGGGGGUGGGGACAGGGAUGGCUCUGUGUCCUCUGGGGCUGGGGAGAUGGGGGGCAGCCAGGUCUCCAACCCUACUUCCAGCCCCCCUGGGGAGGCCCCUGUUUCUGUCUCCCAGAAGAGUAUGCCCAGCUGCAAGGGUGGCCUUCCCCGGGACAGAACCACGAAAGGUAAAGAUGUGGCAGUGCCAAAGAGAAGUUCCCUCAAAGAGGUCUCCCCAGGGGCCUCCAAGCCUGGCAGCAUUCGGAAGAGCCAGGGGUCAGUGUCCAAGCCGGUGCGAACCUUGAACUCCUCUGAGAACGAGAGUAUGCGGAAGGUUGUGCCCAUAUCCAAGUCAAGCAGGGGGCCUGGGAGCUGGAAGCGGCCUGAGCAGCCAUCCCGGGUACCCCCCCGGGAGACCCCCAGUAGCACAGACACAUUGUUGCGCCGGAGCUCUGUGCGAGGGCCCUUGGACACCUUGCCCAGGAGGCCCUCCUCAGGGGCCGAGGCCACUGUGCGGGAGGAGCAGAAGCUGCAGCGGGUCAGCAGUGGCUCUGGUAGCACCCGUCUGCUAAGGGAGCCCCUCUUGCAGCACCGGAGCGCUCUCAAGAAGCCCAGCGCCAAACCCCUCAGGAAUGUGCCCAGGCAGAAGCCUGAGGAAAAUAAGAUCUGUCGCUCCAACUCCCAGGGUCCUGAGACCCCUGAAGAAGAGCCCAAGACUCCGCCAGCCCCUACCCUCCCUCGUGCCCCAGCCCCUGUCCCCAACUUUGCCCGAAACACGGUGGCCUCCUCAUCGCGGUGCACGAAAACAGAAUCCUCUCCUGUGACCAAAGCCCCUGGCAUCACUCGGACAGUCUCACAGCGGCAGCUGAGGGUCAAGGGCUGCCCUGAGGAUGCCUCUCCCAAGGACAGCAGCACCCUGAGGCGAGCUAGUAGUGCCCGCACCUACAAAAAGUGCCCAGAGUCUGCUGAGAAGCCCAGUGCCAAUACAGGGUCCCCUCUGAAGGGCAGAGGGGCCGGGGAGAGGGCCUCCCUCAGACUGAAAGACUCAAAUCGGACCACACUGGGGAAGAUACUGAAUCCCUUGUGUAAAUGA